AUGCUCGAAACUAUUCGAGGAAAGAGGAUGAUGUUUGUAGGUGAUUCAUUAAAUAGAGGACAAUUCACUUCCUUGGUCUGCCUCAUCCAUAAAGUUAUACCAGAUAACGCAAAAUCCCUCCAUAAAGUUGAUUCAUUCACCAUUUUCACAGCAAAGGAUUACAAUGCAACAAUUGAAUUCUACUGGGCACCAUUUCUUCUAGAAUCAAAUGCAGAUAGUCCUGGCAAGCAUAGGGUACCUGAUCGAAUUGUUCGAAAAGAUUCAAUAGAUACCCAUGGGCAACACUGGAAAGGAGUGGAUAUAAUGGUGUUCAAUACGUAUAUUUGGUGGAUGACAGGCCGUACAUUCAAGAUUCUGAAUGGUACAUUUGAUGAUAAUAUAAAAUACAUAGCAGAUGUGCCAACUGAAGAUGCUUAUCGUAUGGCGAUGCAGAAUUUACUGAGGUGGAUAAAGGGAAAUAUGGAUCCAAAACGAAAUAGAGUCUUUUUUACCAGUAUGUCACCUUCUCAUGCAUGGAGCAAAGAGUGGGGUGGAGAUCCAAAUGGAAACUGCUAUAAUGAAACAAAAAUGAUAGACGAUCCGAAUUACUGGGGAUCAGAUAGUAGAAAAAGCAUAAUGCAAGUUAUUAGUGAAGAAUUUGGUAAAUCUAAAGUGCCAAUUACAUUUCUCAACAUCACUCAAUUGUCAAUGCCACGAAAGGAUGCACACACAUCAAUUUACAAGGAGAGAUGGGGCCCUUUAAGUCCAGAAGAACGAGCAAAUCCCGUAAGCUACGCAGAUUGUAUACAUUGGUGUGUGCCUGGAAUUCAAGAUGUUUGGAAUGAGCUUUUAUUUGCAAAGCUUUUCUAUCCUUAACACUUUGAGCAUACAUCAUAGAGAUUAUCUAAAGAACUUGCCUCAAUACCUAAUGUGAUUUACUUUUUAUUUUUUGGACUUUUAUGGAGGUCCACCAUUUGUUAUUGGUUUAAUAAUAUUUGUUAGA